GAAUUUGAGGUUGUCAUAAAGUUUCAUUGAAACAAACCGCUUAUUUGUGUUUCAUUUUAUAACUGUUUAUAACUAAUUAUCAAGUGAUAAUAAUCAAUAAAUUGUUAAUUUAAGAUAAAUUAUCAAAUAUGGACAGACUUUUAAGAUUAGGAGGAGGUAUGCCUGGUUUAAGUAAUCCACCAGCACCUUCUGAUGCUCCAGUUGUUGACACUGCUGAACAAGUAUACAUAUCAUCAUUGGCAUUAUUAAAAAUGUUAAAACAUGGAAGAGCUGGUGUUCCAAUGGAAGUUAUGGGUCUUAUGUUGGGUGAAUUUGUUGAUGAUUAUACUGUCAGAGUUAUUGAUGUAUUUGCCAUGCCUCAAACUGGAACAGGUGUUAGUGUUGAAGCUGUUGAUCCAGUAUUUCAAGCUAAAAUGUUGGAUAUGCUUAAACAAACUGGACGACCAGAAAUGGUUGUUGGAUGGUAUCAUUCACAUCCUGGUUUUGGUUGUUGGUUAUCUGGUGUUGAUAUCAAUACACAACAAUCAUUUGAAGCACUCAGUGAACGAGCUGUUGCUGUUGUCAUUGAUCCAAUUCAAUCAGUCAAAGGAAAAGUUGUUAUUGAUGCAUUUAGAUUAAUCAAUCCCAACAUGAUGGUACUUGGACAAGAACCUCGUCAAACAACAUCAAAUCUUGGACAUUUACAUAAACCAUCUGUUCAAGCUCUUAUUCAUGGAUUAAAUCGUCAUUACUAUAGUAUUAGUAUUAAUUAUCGUAAAAAUGAACUUGAACAAAAAAUGCUUCUUAAUCUUCAUAAAAAAACAUGGAUGGAUGGUCUUACACUUGCUGAAUAUUCAGAACAUACUAAAUUAAAUGAAAAUACUGUAUCUGAAAUGUUGGAACUUGCUAAAAAUUAUAAUAAGUCACUUGAAGAUGAAGAAAAAAUGACACCAGAACAAUUGGCUAUUAAAAAUGUUGGUAAACAAGAUCCAAAACGACAUUUAGAAGAAAAAGUUGAUAUGCUUAUGUCAACGAAUAUUGUUCAGUGUCUUGGAGCUAUGUUGGACACUGUUGUUUUUAAAUAAUUUAUUUUUUUUUUAUUACAACGGUAAGAACAACAAGAAAAAUAAUAAAAAUCAAUAUCUUUCUACGAAAAUAUACCUCUUUUUACAGAGUUAAUAUUCAUUUUGUAUUAUUAUUUUCAAUAAUUUACCUAUGUUAAGUCAAAUCAUCAAAAAUUCUUUUUUUUUUUUUUCUCUCUCUUUUGGAUCUUUUUA